UCUAAACCAGCUGCUCUAACACAGACACUUUACUCUUUCAGUUUGUGGCUGGGCUUUAAAAAUACUUAACCCUAUGACGUUAAUUGACAACCAUGUCUGAAGAGGACAGUAAGGUUUCGGACGAACUUUUCAAAGAUGUCAAAUUCUACGUGGUAGGGGAUAUUGACCAAAAGGUUGUGCAGCUGCUGAAGGCGGGAAAAGGGAAGGAGGUGUCCUACAAUGCUUUGGCCACACACAUCAUCGCAGAGGACGGGGACAACCCCGAGGUGGGCGAGUCCAGAGAGGUUUUUGACCUGCCUGUUGUCAAGCCAUCCUGGGUGAUCCUCUCAGUCAGAUGUGGAGACCUGUUACCAGUUACAGGCUUCUCCCCAGAAUCAGGACAGAUAUUCUUUGGUGUGACAGCUUGUCUUCCCAGGCUUCCAGAUGAUCUAAAUGCUUUGUGGGCUUACAUAACAUUUUAUGGAGGAGAAUGUCAACUUAACCUCAACAAGAAGGUCACCCACUUAGUAGUGAAGGAAACAAAAGGGGCGAAGUUUGAGUGUGCCCUGAAACACCCGAGCAUCAAGAUUGUCACCCCGGACUGGAUAACAGAUUCUGUUAAAGACAAAAGCAGGAAAGAUGAGGUGCUCUUUCACCCCAGACUCACGUAUUUGGAGCCUGAGGAAGAGGAGGAGAGCGAAGCAGAGUCAUAUGACCAGCGCUCCCAUUCAGAUGGAAGCUACAGCCCCCAGCGAUCCCGGCUGUCCAGCGGCGGCUCAUCUGGUGAGGAGUCCAGCCCCCGCAGACGACCAGGACCCAAAAAACUCAACUCCGUCUCCCCUUCCUCUCCCCGCAAACCUGAGCGCCGCAGCGAGCGCAUGUUCGACGAUUCUGACGACGACUCCUCCACAGAAAAGGAGGGCACCAACCUCAACUGGACGCCGGCUGAAGUCGUCACGCCAACCCCCCCUGUUCCGACCGGCACAGCCAGACGGCGAGGCGGCCCUCCCGGCACCAAAGACCCAGUUUCGUCGGCAGGCAGUGGGCUGAUUAACCUGUGUGCCACGGUGCCUCCUGUUCCUGGCAGUGGAGGAGCCAUCCCUGCAGAGGCCCGCUCUGCUGCUGCUGCCAUCAGUCACACCACACAGCAAGGUGCAUCAGUUCCAGAGGGCAUCCCUGGGUGGAGCCCGGCUGCUAGAACCCUCCGCAACAUCACCAACAACUCUGACAUGCCGCCAGCCAAUAGACCUGCCAACGUAGCACAUAUCAUCCAGAAUCUGACAGCAAAUCAGACGAAGCCAUUGGAGCAGCAGACCAAUCAGAGCCAUGCUCCGACCCCUAACAGUACCAACCCUCUUCUGUUCAAUCAGUCCAAACUGGCCGGCCAGCCCGUCACAGCAGAGCAGCAGCAACAGUUAUUGCAACAGCAACAGUCACACCAGCCUGUCCAGCAACAACAUCAACAGCUACCACAGCAACCGCAGCAUCCUAUGAUGCACCUCCAGCAGCAGCAGCAGCAGCAGCAGCAGCAGCAGCAGAUGAUGCAGCUACAUCACCAACAACAACAGUCACAGGUCGCACAACAACAAGGUUUUCCACAGUUGCCCCAACAGCAACAACAGUUUCUGCAACAACAGCAGCAGAUGCACCAACAGCAGAUGUUUUCGCAGCAGCAGCAGCAGCAGCAGCAGCAGCAGCAGCAGCAGCAGCAGCAGCAGCAGCAGCAGCAGCAGCAACAGCAGCAACAGCAGCAGCAACAUGCCUUCUCCCAGCAGCUACGACCCCAACAGCUUUUGCGACCUGGUUUACAGCAGCUGCAGCAGCAACAGGCACUGCAACAACAGCUCCAGCAGUUCCAACAGCAGCAACGCAUGCAGAUGUUACAGCAACAGCAACAGCAGCAACAGCAGAAUCAACAGCAGUUGCACCAACAGCAUCUACAACAACAACAACAGCAGCAGCAGCAGCAGCAUUUCCUACAGCAGCAGCAACACAUACAGCAGAUGCAGCAGCAGCAGCACCUGCAGAAUCAGCAGCAGCAGGUUCUGCAGCAUCAGAACCAGCAGGUACUGCAGCAGCAGCAUCAUCAGCAGACAACGCUGCAACCGCAGCUCCAGCAGCCUCCUCACAUCCCACAGCUGUUUGGACACGAGCCAGGACAAGAGAUUCCACAGGAUGGCUUCCUGCUUGGCUGCGUGUUUGCUAUUGCUGACUACCCAGAACAGAUGGCUGACAAACAACUCCUGGCCACAUGGAAGAGGGUUAUCCAGGCGUGCGGAGGUGCUGUUGACCCCACCCUGACCAGCCGCUGCACACACCUGCUGUGUGAGAGUCAAGUCAGCAACAUGUAUGUACAGGCACUCAGAGAGGGGAAGCGCUGUGUAACAGCCCACUGGCUCAACACUAUACUGAAGAGGAAGAGGAUGGUUCCUCCUCAUCGGACAUUACAUCUACCCUUCGCCUUCCCUCCUGGAGCCAAACCCUGCUCUCAGCACAUCAUAUCAGUGACCGGCUUUGUUGAUGCUGACAGGGAUGACCUGAAGUUGAUGGCCUACCUGGCUGGUGCCAGAUACACCGGAUAUCUGUGUCGCAGCAACACUGUCCUCAUCUGUAAAGAACCCAGUGGGCUUAAAUAUGAGAAGGCCAAGGAGUGGAAGAUCCCAUGUGUGAACGCCCAGUGGCUGUGUGAUAUACUGCUGGGGAACUUUGAAGCACUGAGACAGAUUCAGCACAGCAGAUUCUCUAUCUACACACAUCCGGAACCUCUGGUGCCUAACCCACAGCUGGUCCAGAACCUGCUAGCUGCUUGGAGAACGCCGAUCAAAGUAUCUUCUGAAGCUUUGACAGGUCUCCAGCUGCUCCAGAAGCAGAAGAUAACUGACUCCACCAACCAGCCUGCAAACAAGAAGGCCAGACUGGAGGAGAUCCAGUCGACCAAUAAGAAGCUUCCCCCAGAGUCCACUCCCCGAGUCAUGUUCACAGGCUUUGAGCCCACACAAGUCCAGCAGUACACAAAGAGGUUACAUGCUUUAGGUGGAGAAGAAGCGGACAACAGUCAGAAAGUCACUCACCUGGUGGCUAGUAAGGUGACUCGCACCAUCAAGUUCCUCACCGCCAUGUCUGUGGUCAAACACAUCGUCAGCCCAGAGUGGCUGGAGGAGAGCUGGAGGAGCCAGAAGUUUGUGGAUGAGCAGAGCUACACUCUGAGGGACGCAGAGGCAGAAGUGUUGUUUGGCUUCAGUCUGGAGGAGUCACUAAAGAAAGCCCACAGUGCACCGCUCUUCAAGGGGAAGUACUUCUAUCUGACCCCGGGGAUCUGCCCCAGCCUCAGCACCAUGAAGCCCAUCCUGGAGAGUGCUGGAGGGAAACUGCUGGCCAAACAGCCCUCCUACAGAAAGAUCAUGGAGCAUAAACAGAACAAGAACCUUCCAGAGAUCAUCUUAAUUUCCUGUGACAAUGACCUCCACCUUUGUAGAGAAUACUUCUUGAAAAACAUUGAUGUCCACAACGCUGAGUUCAUCCUGACAGGAGUUCUCACUCAGAAACUCGACUAUGACUCAUAUCCUUUACAGCAGUAACAGUGUGGGACUAAAAACGUCUUGAAACCUUCAACACAGUCUUCACUCUUACUCUGACAGUCUAGUUAAUAUUUGAGUGAUGAUGUAGUGCCGACUCUAGACUUCAACAGCAACAAUAGAAAACACAUGAUGCCCACUGUGAUGAUCACUUGAACAAACACACAUAACUGUGUGGCAGGAACAGUGUGAAAACAGGGAGACAGCCGUCAGUAACGUUGGGAACAGUCCCAUCUGACCGCUACACCUUCAUGAGGCUCCAUGUCUGACAGUUUUAGACAUGGUCAUUCAACUAUUCUCAUUUUAGAGCUUGCUGUUGAAUUUGAAUGUGUUGCACAGACAAGUGUAUAUAUUACUAAUAUUUUUGUUCAGCCCAUUUCAAUCUAUGAGGGUAGACUAAAUGUUUGAGGAGGGUAGGACACCCCAACGUGUUGAGUAAGGAUGCUGGUGUCUGUUGCCCUUUAGACCCUUUAGUUGUAUUGUUACUGUGCCCACAGUUUGAUGUGUGCUGUGGACUAUAUAAUAGUGAGUUUCCUUGAC